AUGGAUGCCCUGUCCGGCGUAGCAAGUGUUAUCGGCGUCAUUCAGCUAGCGGGGAGUGUCAUAGAAAUCUGCGGGGGCUAUUUGAGAAACGUGAAAAAUGCGAAAGAUGAUAUCCUUCGCUUGCAACAGGAUGUCAUUAGUCUGUCGGAAAUACUCAGCACACUUCACGACCUUCUCCGCGGGCUAGAUGGUCCCAAACUCACAACCACGCAAAACCUAUCCCACAACCUUAUGGGCUGCGAAUCUGCUUUGACCAAUUUGAAAGAGAAGUUGAGUGUGCAGUCCACCCAGAACCCGAUGAGAAGAUGGGGACUUCGAGCACUGAAAUGGCCUUUGAAGCGCUCCGAGGUCGACGACGCUGCCCAUCAGAUUGAGAGAUAUAAGACAUUGUUCAGUCUAGCUUUAGAUAUCGAUCAGAUGAAAGCGACUGAUUUGAUUGAUCAGAAAAUUGAUUUGGGUAGACCGAGGAUCGCGAAAGGGGCAGAAUUCGAUUCCUACGACAAUGACCAUAUUGAUUGCCUCCCUGGAACCCAGACCGAACUACUUCAAGGGAUUGAGGACUGGGCAAGCUCAUCAGAUGGAAAGUGCAUAUUCUGGUUACGUGUAAUGGCAGGAACCGGAAACUCUACGAUCUCCCGGACCGCUGCGCGUCGACUGAAGGUCAAGAAUGCCCUCGACGCAAGCUUCUUCUUCAAAAGAGGCGAAGGGGAUCGAGGUAACGCAAAGUGUCUUUUUCCAACUCUGAUAGAUCAACUGGUAAGGACCAAUCCUCGGUUCGUGCCUGCGGUCCGAGAAGCAGUUGAAGACGACCCCAAUAUUUCCAAUAAGGUGCUUCGAGAACAAUUUGAAAAAUUGAUUCUCAAGCCACUUUUGACAAUCCAGCUGAAACAGGUCAUAUCUACAGUGGUUAUUAUUGAUGCACUAGACGAGUGCGAUAAGGAAGAUGAUAUUAGAGCAAUUCUUCAGCUUUUACCUCAAGUCCGAGAAGCCAAAUCGGUUCAGCUCCGAUUCUUAUUGACCAGCCGACCAGAAUCAGGAAUCCGACGAGGCUUUCAAGGCAUCGCUGAGAAUCAUCAAGACCUGAUACUUCAUGAAAUCCCUCAGCCAGUGAUUGAACACGACAUCAUGUUAUAUCUCCAAUAUCAAUUAUCGAUGAUAAGGGAAGAGCGAUCGCUUCCCUCGAGUUGGCCUGGAGAUGAAGCCAUCAAUAUUCUGGCUGAAGGAGCAGUACCGCUGUUUAUCUCAGCUGCAACCAUAUGUCGAUUUAUCGGUGACGAGAAUUGGAACCCAGAAGUCCGGCUUCAAGUAAUCCUUGCGGACCAAGCCAACUAUGUCUCUAAAAUGGACAGCACAUACAUGCCAGUUCUGAACCAACUGCUUGCUGGUCAAGAUGAAUGGGAGUCACAGCAACUGGCUCGGGAAUUUAAGGAAAUAGUUGGAGUGAUCAUUCUUCUUGCUGCUCCCCUCACGGUGCAUGCACUUUCUCGGCUACUUGACCUGGAAGAAGCAACUGUCAACAAUCGAUUAAACCGGCUUCACUCAGUCCUCGAUAUUCCAGCCAAUGUGGGCGUACCAGUGCGGCUUCUACAUUUGUCAUUCCGCGAUUUUCUUCUAGAUCAUAAGAAGAAGAACAGUCCAUUUUGGGUGGAUGAGAAAGAGAAUCAUCAAAAGAUCGCGACUCAUUCCCUAGUGCUAAUGCAGAAAAGCCUAAGAAGGAAUAUCUGCAAUUUAUCAUUUGAAGGCAUAACCCGCCAGGAGAUCACCCAACAGACCAUUGAUCAAUAUCUGCCACCAGAAUUGCAAUAUGCAUGCCGCAAUUGGACCCAGCAUUUGAAAAAAAGUCAAGAUUCGACUAAGCUUGAUAAGACUUUGAGAUUUCUCAAUCAGCACUUUCUCCAAUGGAUGGAAGUAUUGAGCAUUCUUGGUAUGGUCUCUGAGGUUAUUGAAGCAAUCAACAGACUACAAUCUGGUAUAAAGGAUGAUGGACUCCCUCAACUCGCUGCAUUUCGCAACGAUGCGAGAAGAUUUAUUCUUCAAAUCGGCAGAUUGCUGAGGCUGCACCACUUCGGAUCUACUGUUCAGGGCUUAUAUUUGCUCCAUUACAGCCAAUUUCAGUGGAGUGCGUUGCAGCAGACGUUGGAGGGGCAUAACGCACCAGUCAACGCAGUGGUUUUCUCUCCUGAUGGGAAACUACUGGCGUCAGCUUCCGAUGAUAUCAUGCUCAGGGAAACAGCAACAGGAGCGCUGCAGCAGACGCUAGGUCAUAGUGGUCAAGUCAUUUCAGUAGCCUUCUCUCCUGACGGGCGACUGCUAGCGUCAGUGUCAUUUCCCUUGGAAUACUUGGAAAAGAAGACAAUCAAUCUUUGGGAGACAGCGACUGGCGUGCUCAAGCACAGAAUAAAAGUGAAUGAAGACGCUCAAUUGAUGGUCUUCUCUUCUGAUAGGCGAAUUUCGGUAUCGGCCUCGGAUAAAACUAUCAAGCUCUGGGAGACGGCAAUUGGCACACUACAGCACACGAUAGAAGCGCGCGAAGACGAUGUCCAGUCAGUUGCCAUCUCUCCUAAUGAGCUAGUGCUGACGUCGGCUUCAUGGGCUAUUGAGCUCUGGACGCAAGAGUUUACACUCUACAGGCAUGAUAGUUUCAUUAACUCAAUUGCAAUUGCCUUAUCUCCUAAUGGACAACUGCUGGCGUCAGCUUCCCAUGAUCAUAAGAUCAGACUCUGGGAGACAGCGACUGGUGCGCUACAGCCCACGUUAAAAAGGCCUAGGGCAGGAGGUCACUUAGUGGCCUUCUCUCCUGAUGGGAAACUACUGGCGUCGGCUUCUUUGAAUGGUACUGUUGGGCUCUGGGAGACAGCAACGGGCGUGCUGCAGCAGACACUAGAAGGGCAUAGUGAAGAAGUUAAUUCAGUGGCCUUCUCUCCUGAUGGGCAACUACUGGCGUCGGCUUCCCGGGAUCAUACUAUCAAGAUCUAG